UGAGUGCCAAACAGUGGUAAACAUUAAACACGUGUUUAGUUUCGGUAAUUAACAGUGAAUUCAAUUAAAAUUACAUUCAAUUGCAUAUAAAUAGCAUUCAAUUGAUUGCUAUAUUAAGCGCUCAUUCAUUGCAUUCAUAGUAAUCACACGAAUCGGUGACAAGUAAUGGCUGUGCAAAAGGGAAAGGCGUUAACAAAGGGUCAGAAGCAGAUCGUCGAGGAAAACAAGUCGACUCUUCGCUUCUACACCAUUAUGUCGACCGCAGCCAUG